AUGGUACCUACUGACUCUGGACUGGACCAAAGUUUCUCUCCACUGCCCAGAGUGACCAGGGAGUCAGUGAGACAGUAUCUGCAGUUUCGCCCUGACCAAUCUGUGCGAAUACUCCAUGCAAAGGUCGCCCAGAAAUCAUACGGCAACGAGAAACGGUUCUUCUGCCCUCCUCCUUGUGUUUACAUCAGUGGCUCAGGAUGGAAACUGAAACAAGACCUUUUGAAAGCCACUGGUGCAGGGGACUCCUGCUACAGACUCUGUGGUUAUAUGGGCCUGGACAGCUCCUGUGUGGCCCAGGCAGACACCUUCAAACUAGCCUUCGAGGACCAGCCUGAUGCCAGGAUGUUUGCCUGCGCCAAGUCCCUGUACAUCUCCGACACAGACAAAAGGAAGCACUUUCGCCUGGUCCUCAAGCUCUUCCUUGGCAACGGGCAGGAGAUUGGCUCCUUCCUCAGUAAGCUGAUCAAAGUUAUCUCCAAACCGUCCCAGAAGAGGCAGUCUAUGAAGAACGCUGACUUGUGUAUUUCCGCGGGGUCGAGGGUGGCUCUGUUCAACCGCUUGCGGUCCCAAACGGUCAGCACACGUUACCUGGCCGUAGAACGAGGGGCCUUUGUAGCCAGUGCCAGACAGUGGACCGCAUUUACAGUCACUCUAGUCGAGGACCAGCAUGCUGACUCAGGAGAGUUCACGGUGUGUGAGGGCUUCAUCUGCUACGGCUGUGUGGUUCAGCUGGUAUGCACUGACUCCGGGGUGGCCCUGCCCCCAAUGGUGAUCCGCAAGGUGAACAAGCAGCACACCAUCCUGGAUGUGGACGAGCCCGUCUCCCAGCUCCACAAGUGUGCCUUUCAGUUCAAGGACAACAGCCAGAUGUACCUCUGCCUGUCUAAUGAGAGAAUCAUACAGUACCAGGUCUCAUCCAGUCUGAGGGAGCAGAGCAGAGAGGUGCUGAAUGAUGGAUCAUGUUGGACCAUAAUCGGUACAGAAGCAGUGGAGUAUACGUUCUCUGAGGGCUUGGCCUGCGUUCAGGGCUCGGUCAGCCCAAUACCUGUCAUCACAGGACUGGAGGUGAAUGGUGGAGGACAUGUAGCCAUGCUAGAAGUACAUGGAGAAAACUUUGGCCCCCAUCUGAAAGUUUGGUUUGGAAAUGUGGAGGCAGAAACUAUGUUAAGGUCACCAAAGUCCAUGCUGUGUGUGGUUCCAGACGUGUCUGUGUUCAGUGGGGAGUGGAGAUGGCUGCGGCACCCCAUCACCGUACCUCUGUCCCUCAUCCGUCUGGACGGUCUGAUCUACAGGAGCACCUUCAGCUUCACCUACACCCCCGAACACAACGCCCCCCCGCAGGCCAGAGGGGCACUGCAAAAUGCCCCAGACUCUGACACUCUCAUAGACUCCAUCCACCAAGAGUUCACACGCACCAACUUCCACUUGUUCAUGCAGAACUAGCUAGCGCUAAUAGCCUUAAGGAGAGCUGGGCUGCAUUCCGAUUCCUUACCCUUCUCCUGAAGUGUGCACUCAUUCACUCCUCUUCCUGCAUUUAAAAGCAUUGGAUUCGAGCAAGCAAGGCUGGAGGAAGUUUCCACCAUAUUCCUCACAGCAGCUCAUUUCUUUUAUAGCCAUUGGGGGAGUGUACAAGUGCACACUUUGGCAGAAGGGUAGAGAAUCGGAAAGUAGCCGGGGUGCUAAUACAUCUACAGAUGUAGGAUCUUAAUUUGAGCAAGUUUUCUACAGAAGGAAAAUACUCCUGCAGCAACAGGAAAUGUGAAUUAUUAUGUGAAUUAUAAUUAAUGGACAUUUAUGUAGGGGUUGCACAUAUCUAAAUGGAAAUUACAAACUUUGGAAGCCUUUUUAAAACUCAACUGCACUACAAGUUUGCAAAUUCUUUCCAACAAAAUCAAUCAAUAAAAUUAAGAUCCUACAUCUGUAGCGCUAUGGAGAGCUAGUGCUAUCCCAGAGCAACUUAUCUCUCGUACAGCUUACUUGCUAGCAUUUGCAGAACACUCGCACAUUUGUUAUUAUGUGCUGAUGGCAGAAUACAUAUACAGUAGUGAUGUAGCCUGGGUGGUGCUGUUCUGUUUUUGUUUUCAGCUUGUCCAUUGUCUUACUAAGACAACGACGUAGCAUUGCUAAGUGCAGAAACAGUUAGGUAUCCUGGCUAAUCUUGACGCUUUAUGACAGAAGGCUAAGCUAAGCUGAAGAGAAUGCUAACACAGUGAGUCACGAUCUCUUUACCCAGUCACAGCUCUUCCAGUAAAGAGACCCAUUAUACAGCCUGUUCAAUGGCACUGUUGAAAAAUACAACAUUUUAGUGGAAAAUGAAUUGUAAAUGCCUUGAAGCAAAAUUACAGUAGAGAAGGAAAGUGCAUGUGGCGACAGAGCAGAGGAGGUUGUUAUUUCUGGAGAAAUGACAGUCAUCGCUGAAACAUGAAUGUUAUAAGUGAAAUACUGUCAGUUCCAUACAGUGGGGAAAAAAGUAU